CCUUCCUUGACCUGAUCUAGAGGCGUCCCUCAACGCGUGACGUCAGAUAGGUAGAGAUGUCAUGGCGUCUGUGGAGUCAGAGCAGAAGCAGCAAACCAGAUAAAGAUUGAGCGACAGCAGGGAUCGACAUGGAGAACAAUGCUGACCCGCAACAAGACCUCGCAGGGGGGACAGCGUGCUCAUCCAGACCCGCGGAAUUGAGCGAGAAAAAAGCGAUCGGCGGUCUGAAAAACACAACCGAGAGCUGCAAAAACAGUGAAGCUACAACUGCUGUUGCUGUUGAUUGUUGUAGUCGUGCCGCAGCGUGUGUGGAUAAUCAAAAAUCUAAUAACAAUUCUGCAAAUUGCUCCUCUUUGCCAGUUAAAGACAGUGUGUGUCAGUCAGGAUCCGUGAAAAGUAAUGGGAUGGGACAGACUCAACCGGGUAGUGGUGAUGGUGGUGGUGAUGUUGGUGACACGACAAAGUUAGUAAACAAGACGAUCGAGACUCCUGCAAAAACGGCAGCGGAGAUUAUAAAUGUCAUGAAAGCUGUGGAUAAUGAGGACUCGACAGGGCAGCAGAAGAUUUCUCAAGCGUCUGGAACUUGCCAGGACGAGAAGACACCACCGUCAUCAACAAGUUUGAGUAAAGCGGCAGCGUCCAGUGACAGUCUGGCCGAGGAGCCGAGUGGGAGUGACCGGAGCGCCCCAGGUGAAUCCCUGAGCAUCACCUCUCUGGAGUCCUUUUCGAACCUGAACCAAUCCGACAACAGCGAGGGAGCCGAUGACAGGGUGCUGGCGCUCGCUCUCCAAACCGAUGAAUACGACAGCGCAGGGGGCGAUGCUAAACUGGCUGCAUCCAUCAAGGGUCAGUCCAUUUACCAUAUCAAGUGGAUAAAAUGGAAGGAGGAGAACACGCCGAUUAUCACCCAGAAUGAGAACGGGCCGUGCCCCUUGCUUGCAAUCAUGAAUGUUCUUUUACUGGCGUGGAAGGUCAAAAUGCCGCCUAUGAUGGAAAUGAUAACUGCAGAACAGCUGAUGGAAUAUCUAGGAGACUACAUUCUUGAUGCCAAGCCAAAAGAAAUCUCUGAAAUUCAGCGCUUGAACUAUGAGCAGAACAUGAGUGAUGCCAUGGCGGUCUUGCACAAGCUGCAGACGGGUCUCGAUGUCAACGUGAAGUUCACGGGUGUGCGAGUGUUUGAAUAUACCCCGGAGUGCAUCGUCUUCGAUCUGCUGGAUAUACCCUUGUAUCACGGCUGGUUAGUGGACCCACAGAUCAAUGACAUUGUGAAGGCGGUGGGGAACUGCAGUUAUAACCAGCUGGUGGAGAAGAUAAUCAUCAGUAAACAGUCCAAUCGCAGCGAGCUGGUUGGGGAAGGCUACGUGGCGGAACAGUUCCUCAACAGCACAGCCACCCAGCUGACCUACCACGGCCUGUGUGAGCUUACCUCCACUGUCCAGGAGGGGGAGCUCUGCGUCUUCUUCAGAAACAACCACUUCAGUACCAUGACCAAAUACAAGGGCCAGUUGUACCUGCUGGUAACCGACCAGGGCUUCCUGACGGAGGAGAAGGUGGUCUGGGAGAGUUUACACAACGUGGACGGAGACGGGAACUUCUGUGACUCGGAAUUCCACCUGAGGCCUCCGUCGGGCCCCGAGACCGUGUACAGGGGCCAGCAGGACCAGAUAGAACAGGAUUACAUGAUGGCCCUUUCUCUCCAGCAAGAACAGCAAAGCCAGGACCUAAAUUGGGAGCAGCUCCCAGAGGGAGUCAGCGACCUGGAGCUGGCAAAGAAGCUCCAGGAGGAAGAGGACCGACGGGCCUCUCAGUUCUACCAGGAGCAGGAGCAGGCCGCGGAGGCCCAGGCCCAGGCCCAGGGAGAAGAGCAAGCACAGGGAGGGGGAGCCGCUGCUGCCACAGCCGCCGCCGCCAGUCCCGGGAAACAGUCGGGGAGCAGCGAGCGCAAGCACAAGAAGGAGGCAAAGGACAAAGAGAAGGACCGAGAGAAGGACAGAUGCGUUCUCUUGUAACGGGGGAUGAGUUUCGCUUGGAGCCAAGUACAUGCCCUGGAAAAAACAAAACAAACAAAAAUAACAAACCCGUUAACAUGCCGCCUGUGCCUGAUUUCCCACCCAUCUUCAUUUUCCCUUCUUCGUCUUUUUAACUGGAGGACAGAAAGGGUAACUACUUUGAUACAGUCGGCCAAACUUUGUUACACGUUGCACUGUGCACUAUAUUUGUGAUGGAAGUUCUGUAGAGUAUGUGGGGUUACUGUUGUUUUUAUAGCAAACAAAAAGAAAUGUGGUAAAGACCGCGUCUUGGAAUAACAAAACACGUUACUUUGAAGAGGAAAUCACAUCCCUUUAUUUUUUAAUUGAAUCAGUUAAUAAGCUAUUUUAUUUAUAGAUAUAGAUAUAUAUAUACACGUAUAGAGACACCCUUUUUGUGGUUUCACUUAUCGUUUUCUCUUUCAUUUAUAGUCGCUGAAUCAGAAACCAACUACACUACUAUGCUGAUACUUUUUAGCAGCAAAAAUGAUCGGUUCAAGGGGCCAUUCUCCCAAGCUAGGCUGUGGUACCGGAGAUAUUAUAAGAUAAGGGGUGCAGAGAAUAUGUUAACCAAUAGUACCUUUGUGGCUACUAAAGGAAAAAAUCCUAGCCCAAUUGGCUAAUGGAAAAAAAGAAUGAGUCGCCCCUUUCACUGUUACUUAUCUGUGGUUUUAAAGGUCUCAUCAUUUGUUUACAAGUUAUUCAAUGUUUAAGAGUUACAGUGUGUAAUGUGUUGGAUACAAAGUGUUGAGGAGCAUGUCUUGGUAAGCUGCCACAUGUUUACUAGCUAUAAACUAUCUGUCCUUGGCAGGCAGAAUGAUGUAGCCUUCCUACCAUGACUUGCAGGUCACUGGUCCUGGCUGAGCAAACAGCAAAUUACGAUUGGGGGCAGUGUUACAAACUUACCUUUUAAUGUAUUCCUAACCCCGAUUUGCCUUAUUAGGACACACCCUAAGUGUUGCUUCUAUUCUAACUGCCUAGGCACUGUUAACUCUAUUUAUAAUAUAAGUGUGUGUGUGUGUGUAUGUAUGUAGAAGAAUGAGUAAGGCGACCUAUGUUUCUAAUUCAAACGGUCUCGUUGCCUGCUUAUUUUGACAUCAUCCUAGGGUGUACCUUUUGACACUAAGUUUGGUAGCACUUAAAGCUGCAGUGACCCACAAUUCUGGUCAGUUUUACACUAAUAAAAUCCCUAGUGUCUUUUUACUAGGCUGGUUCCCAUAGUUUAGGAAGAAAACCGAGUUUGUUUCCAGUCCAGUUUUUAAAGUUUUCUCCCCCUCCCCCCACCCAGCUGAAACCUGCUUCCACCACAAUAAGUCUGUGAGCCAAAUAUUCAUGUUUUAGUUAACGACUUACAGCAACAGGUGGUUAUAAAUUGUAUCUUCAAGCUCCAUUGUAGAUCAAGAAAUGAAACAGGGAUCAGUCAGCAUUCUACAGGAAAAACAUACCUUUUAACUGUAGAAUUGUGGAACUUAAAUGUAAUCUUUACUUAAAUGUAUAAUGUAAAUAGGAUAAUAGUAGUUUGUUGCCAACAUCAGAAGAUAUAUUGACCAGUGCAUAUUUCAAGAUAAACACUGCUAACUACAGCCUCCCGUGCAAUGGCACUGUGCCUUGGGGAGGUAUGAGGAAUACUGCAUUGUGAAUAGGGAUGUCAUUUUGUCACGGUGGUCACGUUUGUUUCCGUUCAGCGUGAAAAUAGGAAAGGAGAAGUUCACGUCUUUUGAACUGGUUUCAGUGCGGUUAGCAAACGUUAAAUAAAGGUGAAUACUGACACAGAACUAUAAAAAUGACAAAAUGAAGUUCUAAGCAACUAGCAGAGCAAUAUCCCAAACAAUUUCAUGAAAGCGGAGGGAGAGGCUUUAAUGAGAAACAAGCUUCAAAUGAAUCGAAGCCUUUUGUGCAGAAAAUCCACCUCUGCAUACACUUGAUAAUGCAAAGCCUAAAGGGAGGACGGUUUACAGUCCUGGAGAAGCAUGAACCCCGAUUUGCAGCUCUUGCAGUCGUUCCUCUGAGGUGCUUAACCUGUCAACAGUGUAAAUGAGAACGAUCCUUCUGAUCUUUUAAUGUACAUCAUGCGAUACCAACACCACAGCUGUGUUUGAAUAGACAUUAACAAAAAGGAUCUUGUAAAAUGCUCAAUUUACAAGCAGAACAUUUAUUAACAAAAAAUACAUUUCAGUAUACAUGUUAAAAUUAAAAGUUACGAUUGUUUUUUAAACAGAUACUGUUAAAAAAAAAAAUCUGUUUACUUUUGAAUAGGUGUGUUAAAAGAAAACACAUUAAAUACACUCAAUUUGUUUACUUUGCACAAAUACUAAAAUAUUACAGUAUAUUACAGUCAUAAAUAUAUUUAAGUUAAAAUCUUUGUAGCCGUGACUGUGCCGUGAUUUGUACAUAUUUUUACUGUGACAAAAUCACAUCCCUGAUUAUGAGACUCCAAGAGCACACAACUUGGCAGUAGCAUCACGGAGGCUUGGAGUUGUUCAUUUGGAGAGCCCCUGUCUGGGUUUCUAUGGGUUUCUGGCUCUGGGAGUGCCAGCCUUCUGUAAGACCUAAAAACAACGUGGGGUAUUCUGACCCCUGUGUGGGUGAUGUUUAGAAAGGUGACCUGUAACGUAGGACUUCUCCAUUUAAAAUUACAGCAAUGAGUCAGUGGUCAGGCAAGUGCAGGCCUCACUGCCUUGCCAUUCUUCAUAAACUCCCUACUGUAAUUUGGAAUGUAUUUUACAGAGUUUUCUGGGCUUCACUCAUUAACAUCGUUAAAAAUCUUCUAGCGAAGGAGUCCUUGUACUUACUGUUGCCUCCUCUUCAAACUGUUAUAGUUUUAAGAUUCUCAAUACAUUCCAAAUGAAUGCCUUUACUAACAUGAGAAUGUCUAUUUUAUAACUAAUCUGCAGCUCAGACAAACCAUUAAGGAAAUACACUAUAUCUUACCUUACCUAUCUUUCUGUAUUCUUAUUAUGAUGAAGAUUAAUCUUAUUAUGAUUAUGCAGCACUGUAUUUAUUUCAAGAUAUGAAAAGUAAUUGAGUGUGGAGGCCUAAGUUAGACUACAUUUAAAGCCUUAUAAAACCACCUGCAUCAUUAUAUUACACAGGAUGUAUAAGAUAACAAAAUAAAGACAAUCUCUAGUCUCUUGUUCUAAGCUUUAGGUUUCAACUCCAUCCAAUUCUUUUCAGAAGGGACAUACCCUGAGAUCUGUGUCUUUCUCUUCACCCUUCGGCAGAACUCAGUUUUACUAAUUAGGCAUCAUCAGAUUUCAGACAAGCACUACAUUUUUGUGAAAGUUUGUACAUUGCCUUCAGUUUUAGCCUCUGUAAAAACUAUUAUAACAAGAUCAGCUGGCGAGAUAAAAAGCUUUGGAUGAAAGACAUCUCUCGUUUCAUUUUGGUUCUUCAGAUUCCUGACAGUGCACGUGUGUGUGUGUGUAUGUAGAGGUAUGUUGUGUUAUGAAAUCUAGUGUUAACAUCCCAAAUGAAUUACUUUUAUAAAAACAAUAAAUGCAGAUUUCAAAACCAAUUUGAAGUGGCAGUAAUUGCAUGGUAUGUACUAUGCAAAACAUUAAUGUUGUACUGACAUGUAAGUGCUUGAUUCUUGCAGUACUCGUAGUGUUGGUAUAUGCUCUAUUUGUAUUAAUAAAAUGUGAUUACUAAAGUUGAUUAAA